GUGUAACUGUCUGAGAGACAGGUAUUUCAUUUCAGUGUUUAUUUUAUAUGUAUUUGAAAUUUAAGUUUGAAAUCAUUAUAAUGUGUUAAAACUGUAAUAUAAGAUUAUCUUGAACGCAACCUUUUGGGGUUUCAAGUGGUCAGAGGUCACACCUGGGCAUUGUGGGAUAUUUUUACAAAAAAGAAAAGAAAGAGAGGUCCUACAUGUGCUGAAGGAGGGCCAAACGUGGCUACUGAGGACAAUAUUCUGCACGGUUGGAGAGGCGCACACGUUUUCACGGUGUCUGAUGACAGAGAUGCUUGAGAGAGAAUAAAACAUCAUGAAGGACAUCUGUAUGAUGCGUGGCCAUAUUUCUUGAACCGGUGCAGCUACAGUGAAAACGUAACGCCAGCAGGCCAAGAGUCCCGAGUGAUGAGCGGUGCGCGUUGCGACGAGAGAGAGAAGCAUCGCCUGCACCGCGUGUGACCGGAGGAGUGAAGAGAUAAGUGGCGUGCUGAAUCACGGGAGACACGUUCCUGUCACCGGGUGAAGAGUACCGCGAUUCCGCUGUUAGACGGCAGCUCCAGCGUGGACCACAGCUCUGCGAAUAUCCCAUACGGGCCACAGCGCGCAGUGACUGUUGUAAACUAUUGCUGGCACAGAGGACACAGGGGAAAGCGGCUCUGCAUACGGCGUCAGAUGUGUGAGUGCAACUGUGCUUCUUGGUGGAUUGCACAGUUUGAAAGAAAUGACUGGGUAAAACCAAAAUAAUUUCUAGAGACAGUAAUUCAUUAAUCUGUUUAAAAACAAACAAACUAACAAAAACAUUGAACGUUAAAACACUGGUUUAAUAUUGAGAGACUGAAUUAUCUUUGUUACAUCAGUCAAUGUUGUUCCUGAUUUAUCGUUAUGCCUAAUGGUUGUUAAUGUUAAUGGUGUUUUUGAUCUGAGAGUUUAAAAAGCUAAUCAAAUGGGUUUUGUUUGAGAAAUAGGAACUGAUUGCACUGCUAAAAACAUAGUAAUUAAGAAUUCAUUUGAACAUAGCAGUGACUAGUGAUAUACAGUGUUAUACAGUACAAUGUCAGUUUAUGAGGAAAAAUCAGAAAGUGCUGAAUUUAAUGAACAAAUAGAGUUCCUUCAAGAGGAACUAAAGGGUUUGAAUGAUCAGCUACUGUCACAAACUAAUGAGGAUGAACGGGAAAACUUAGAGUUACGCAUAGGUGAUAUUCUUGCUAAAUUAGAAAUCCUAAAAGUAACAAUGGCUGAGCCUAUCCCCACAACAUCCCAGACAGUAGAAACCAGAAAAUCCUCACGGGAGAGAAAGUUAACUCCAAAAAUGCAAGAGCUACAGCAACAAGAGCUUUCUCAAAAAGAGAAGAAAUUCCUCAACCUGUAUGAAAAAUGGAAAGAGCAGGUUAAAACUGCACGUACUAAUCUUAAAGAGGAGUGCCCGGAUGAAAACUUGUGUAACAUGAUGGAUGCUGUUGAAUGUCUAGAAACACAAGUGAGAGACUCAUAUGAAAAUGUAAGAUCUCAGUUAGCCCCUUCCACUGAGAUCAGAAGGAAAAUGGACUCCUGCACAGCAGUAACUAGAGACUUGAUGGAGCUCAUGAAGGUGCGCAUGAGUGAAGUGGGGCUGGAGGAAUUUGAUGCUAAAGUAGAAAAUGCAAGGCUUCAUUUGGUUCUUGACAAAGAAUAUGCCCAGUCAAUAUUUGGAUCUUCAAGGACUAAGACUACUGUUCGUAGCCAACAUUCCAACAGAACUGCAGACCAGCAAAGUAUCACAGCAAAAAGAGCAGAGUGCGUUGCACAGUUGGCUGCAAAGAAAGCUGAAAUGAACAUGGAAGAAGCAAUCGCUGCACAAAGACAUGAACUUAAAAGACUAGAAAAUCAGAGAGAUCUUAAUGUUAUAGCUGCUAAGAUUAAGGCAUAUUCUGAAGCCGACUCAGAUGAGAUUUGCAGCGAAAACAAAUCAGUAGACAGUAAAGCAGCCAGGAGUCCUCCUGUACCCUUUAAAGAAAUUAAAGAAGAACAAACAUGUCAGAACAGCAACGAACAAGCAAACAAUGCUAACAAUGAGACAUCCUUGAUACAAGCCCUGCGUGACACAAUGGUUCUUACCAGACUUCCAACACCUGAGCCCUCAGUCUUUUUUGGAGACCCGCUUAAGUUCAUAGAAUGGAAAACGAGCUUCAAAGCAUUGAUAGAAUGUCGAUGCACAAAUCCAGCAGACAAGUUGUUUUACCUGCAGAGAUACAUCAGUGGUGAGGCACGAUCUGUUGUGGAAGGAAGCUUCUACAGGAAAGAUGAGGAUGCUUACAAUCAAGCAUGGGAGGCACUAAAUGCUCGUUAUGGUCAUUCCUUUGUAAUUCAGCGUGCAUUUAGAGACAAGUUAAACAAUUGGCCAAAGAUUAAUUCAAGAGAGUCCCUUAAAUUAAGACAAUUCAGUGACUUUCUGAACACUUGCAGCAAUGCCAUGCCUCACGUCAAGGGACUCCAAGUGUUAAAUGAUUGUGAGGAGAACCAAAAAAUGCUCCAGAAGCUUCCUGAGUGGUUAAUCUCUCGCUGGAAUCGUCAUGUAACAAAACAGCUGAGAAAAACAGAGGAAUACCCCAAUUUCAAAGAGUUUGCUGAGUUUGUGGCAACAGAAGCCGAUAUUACAUGCAAUCCUGUGACUUCCCUUCAGGCAUUGAAGUCUGUGGAGGAGAGGCCCUCAAGAGAUGUUAAACGUCAAAGGGCUAGUGCAUUCAGCACAAGUGUAAAAGCAGACGGAUUAGAUAAACCAGUGAUUGUGAUGAAAACUAGCAGUGAUGUGGAGAGCAACUCAAAAGGUUCAAAUGCAGUAAAGAAAGUGAACAUGUCAUCAGUAUCUCCAAAUUCUCUCUCAUGUCUAUGCUGUGAAGAAAGUCACUCCAUUCACAAAUGCCCAACGCUGUCCAGUAAACCUGUAGAGGAAAAACGGAGGUUUAUUUUGGACAAUAAUUUAUGCUUCGGUUGUCUCAGGAGAGGACACAUUUCAAAAGACUGCAGGAAUAAAUCUACAUGUGGCAUAUGUAAGAAAUCACAUCCAACACCACUUCACGAGAGCAGAGCUCCUGCUGCAGAGACAACUUCUCAUGCUGUGAACGCUGAUGAAAAAACCUCAUCUCUUUCCUGUAGCAUUAACAGAGUUGAAGGUGAGAGCACAUCCAUGAUAGUACCUGUGUGGAUUUCUUUAGAAGCCACCCCAGAAAGUGAGACAUUAGUGUAUGCCCUACUUGAUACGCAAAGUAGCAACACUUUUGUAGAUCAAGGAGUAUGUGAAAGGAUAGGAGCAGGUUCAGAGCCAGUCAAGUUGAAGCUUACCACUAUGAUGGCAAGAGAUUCCAUUAUACAGAGUGAGAGAGUCAGUGGGCUUAGAGUUAGAGGGUUUGCUUCUAAUAGCUUCAUUGACUUGCCACCUGCUUAUUCCAGAGAUUUCAUCCCACUUGAACGUUCUCACAUUCCUACCCCAGCUACCGCCAAAAAGUGGAAACAUCUGAUCAACAUAGCACAGGAAAUACCAGAGCUGAUGGAUUGUGAGGUUGGCCUUCUUAUAGGUUACGACUGCCCCAGAGUCUUAGCUCCCCGACAUGUCAUUACAGGAAGUGACGACGAGCCAUAUGGUAUCAAAACGGACCUGGGUUGGAGCAUUGUUGGCAACUCAUCACGGGUGGCAAAUUCAUCAGAGGUGACAGGUCUGUGCCAUCGUGUAUCUGUCAGAGAACUUCCACCAUUGACACCACCCGCUGUCAUCAGAGCCCUGGAAGCUGACUUCAAAGACACUUACCAUGGAGAAAAGAGCAUCUCACAAGAUGACAUACAGUUCAUGCACUUACUCAAUGAACAAAUACAACAGAACGCAGAUGGGCACCUGGAAAUGCCCCUCCCCUUUAAAACACGCCCACAACUGCCAGAAAACAAAGGGCUAGCUCUGGUGCGGCUAAAUCAGCUGAAAAGAAAAUUUGAGAAAAAUCUCAAAUUCAAGGAAGACUACAUAAAGUUCAUGGAUGGUGUUUUUAAAGAUGGAGAUGCGGAAAGAGCUGACAAUCAACCCAAGGCAGGAAAUGUAUGGUAUAUUCCUCACCAAGGAGUAUAUCACCCCAGAAAGCCAGAAAAAAUAAGGGUUGUGUUUGAUUGUUCAGCCAAGUAUGGGGGCACAGCUCUGAAUGAUCACUUACUAUCAGGACCUGACCUCACAAAUGGACUGACAGGAGUGCUCUGCAGGUUCCGCAAAUACCCAGUGGCAGUGAUCUGUGAUGUAGAAAAAAUGUUCCACAGAUUUCACGUGAGUUCAGAGGACAGAGACUACUUACGAUUCCUGUGGUGGGAGAACGGGGAUACAAAAUCAGAGCCAAAGGAUUACCGCAUGCGAGUCCAUCUAUUUGGAGCAGCAUCUUCUCCUGGCUGCUCAAAUUAUGGAUUGAAGUACCUUGCAAGCCAAAAUGAAAAGGACUAUCCUGCAGCAGCCAGCUUCAUAAAAAGGAAUUUUUACGUUGAUGAUGGCCUGAUCAGUGUCGAAUCUGUGGACUCAGCUAUUAAACUUGUGAGAGAAGCACAAACUGUGUGCGCAAAAGGAAAGUUACACCUCCACAAGUUCAUCUCAAACAACAGAGAAGUCUUGGAGUCUGUUCCCGACAGCGAUCGAGCUAAAGGAGUACAGGAUGUGGAUCUCAAUCACGGGGAACUCCCAGUGCAGACAGUGCUGGGAGUAAAGUGGAGUGUUGACAGUGACACAUUCUCCUUUAAGGUCGCUCUGAACGAGAAAUCUACAACACGGCGGGGAAUACUCUCCACAAUUGCCUCUGUGUUUGAUCCAUUAGGUUUCCUAGCCCCUUUCCUGCUACAGGGAAAGAAAAUACUGCAGGAAAUGUGCCAAAAGGGCAUUGGAUGGGACGAACAACUCCCUGCAGAGUUAAAGCCACGGUGGGAGAGCUGGCUUAAUGAUCUUGAGAAAUUGCAGGAACUCCAAAUCCCAAGAUGCUUCGCUCCUGAGAACCUGGACAAGGCGCAGAGAGUUGAACUGCAUCACUUUUCAGAUGCGAGUAGUCAUGGGUAUGGCCAGUGCUCAUAUCUCCGAGUGGUGAUGGAAAAUAAAGUGCAUUGCUCCCUAGUCAUAGUUCCCAUUAGAGGCGGCAGAGAGGACAGGGCUUCGCUUAUGUCGCUGCUGCUGCCUGAGGCUGGAGGUUUCAGACUGGGGGGGGACGGGGUCUUCAACCUGCUACAGGCUCAGGUCUGGACAAGCAGGAAGGCGGACGCCCAUCCUGUUUGUGGCUGUGUGCUGUUGUAA